AUGUCCUUCCAAGACCAUGGCAAGAGGAAUGUUUUCGACCUAAUCGAAGGAUUGUUCAAGCACAAAGCUAGAGGGCCUCAAUACUCAGAAGACGGUAAAUGCGGUCCAAACAACGGCAAUCUCUUGUGCAAUCCUGAUAGCAAAGUAUAUGACGGUACUUGCUGUUCAUCAUAUGCAGGAUGGUGUGGAAGUUCUCCAGCUCAUUGUGGAAGUGGUUGCUCAUCAGGUUGCUCUGCAAGUUCGGCCGUUGCAGUACCUUCUAAUACAGGCACGACUGUCGAUAGAGCAGCACCAUCGGCUUCUGGUGCUGCCCCUCGUGAUGAUGGCAGAUGCGGUCCUGAUUUUGCCAAUGCAUUGUGUGAUGCCAAGGGCGCUUAUGGCGGUUGCUGCUCCUCAUACGGAUACUGUGGUAAUACUGAUGGCCAUUGCUUGGUCGUAAACGGAUGUAUCUCUGGCUGCAAGGAUGCAUCGCCUACAAGCGCUGCCCAAACUUCUGCAGCAGUGACAUCGGUUUCGCCUUCUGAUGUGGAGACGGCAGCCCCAUCGAGUACUACCGGCGAGCCUGUCAUCUCUGCGGCGUCAUCUUCAGCUGGCAGUGCCCCGACCGGAACUGUCACCAAGGACGGAACUUGUGGUGCCACCUACGAGAACACGAUCUGUGGCGAUUGGGCUCAAGGAGCUUGUUGCUCGAUGUACGGAUACUGUGGAAAUAGUACAGCUCACUGUGGUGAUGGAUGUCAAAGUGGCCCCUGCUUGAACGGCGCUGUGGUUGCACCUCCAGGACCAAGCCCUGCGCCAGUCAAUGCCAACCCAGGAUCUCUCAACGUCGUUGGCGAGUCCGGUGCUCCUGCCAUGCAUGCUGGUCUUCUCCCUAACGGCAAAGUCGUCUUCCUUGACAAGGUUGAGAACUACACUAACAUCAAACUUCCCAAUGGCCAAUAUGCGUACUCGACCGAAUAUGAUCCCGUCACUAACAAAUACACCGCUCUGGCGUACAAGACUAAUGCCUUUUGUGCUGGUGGCUCAUUCCUACCGAAUGGCGACUUCAUGUCCUUGGGUGGCAACGGCCCAUUGGACUUUAUUGACACCACGGUCGGGGACGGCUUCGAUGGUAUUAGAUACCUCUCGCGUUCGUCAUCUGACGCUUCUCUGGAUGGCCAAGACUGGAAGGAGCCGGGCAAUAAGCUCAACACCAAGAGAUGGUACGCAUCGGUACAGACUAUGCCUGAUGGUAGACUCUUCGUCGCUUCCGGAUCGUUGAAUGGACUUGAUCCUACCAUCCCCACCAAUAACAAUCCGACAUACGAGAUUCUGGACAGGAACGGAAAGUCUUCUGGUGUCUCCAUUCCAAUGGAGAUCCUAGCCAAGAACCAACCUUACUAUAUGUAUCCAUUCAUGCACCAGCUCAAGGAUGGUUCUCUCUUCGUUUUCGUUUCCAAGUCAUCCGAGCUCUUCAACAUAGAUACAAACACCACCGUACGAACCUUUGCGGAUCUACCUGGAGAUUAUCGUACUUAUCCGAACACCGGAGGCUCCGUUUUGCUACCUCUGUCCUCCUCAAAUGACUGGAAUCCCGACAUCGUAAUUUGCGGCGGCGGCGCAUACCAAGAUAUCACUUCCCCGACGGAUCCCAGCUGUGGCCGCAUCCAACCACUCUCCACGACCGCAAAGUGGGAAAUGGACUCCAUGCCUCAAGGCCGCGGUAUGGUUGAAGGGACCCUCCUCCCUGACGGUACCGUCGUCUGGGUCAACGGUGCAAACGAAGGAGCCCAAGGCUUCGGCCUCGCUCGUGAUCCUACCCUCGAAGUCCUCAUCUAUGAUCCUGCUAAACCGCUCGGUCAACGUUGGACCACCGGUCCUUCGUCUACGAUCCCUCGUUUGUACCAUUCAGUAGCUUUACUGCUUCUUGAUGGUACAUUGAUGAUUGCAGGAUCCAAUCCAGUCGAACAGCCAAUUCUUAAACCUACAACUCAAGAUCCCUACGUCACAGAGUUCAGAGUCGAGAUCUACACCCCUCCCUAUCUCUCUGGCGAUAACGCAAAGAAGCGUCCCACCGACGUCGCUCUCUCAUCCAAGACCUUACAAGCGAAUUCUCAAACCUUCACCAUCGACUUCUCCGUCCCUACUGGCGCAAAGAACGUCAAAGUGGCAUUAUAUCAUGGAGGCUUCGUAACACAUUCGGUGCAUAUGAGUCAUAGAAUGUUAUUCUUGGACACUCAGGGAUGGAAGGACGGGGUGCAAGGACAGAGUGUUACGGUUACUAUGCCGCCGUCUAGUAAUCUUGCGCCCCCGGGUCCGUAUGUGAUCUAUGUGGUUGUGGAUGGCGUACCUGGUAUCGGACAAUUUGUGCAGGUUUCUUGA